UUUCAGCACUACGUUUUUCAGUAUGGGUGUUUUUGCCUUAUUUAUUUAGUGGUUGAUUUUUCUGAAUACCUACGCUGUUAAUAAUAAAACAAAAUAUCAUAAAAUAUACCAGAUUCCAGGUUAUCUCAGUAAACUCAGCCACUCCACUCCGAGCUAACUCAAUCCGAACUACUGCUACUUUCUGCCAAGUCCUGCUAACAUCUGAGCCAAUCAACUGUCACAGGGCUUACACUAAACCUAAAUGGGACAUCCCCAGCAAACUCUUCCUACGAGAUAUUAGGUUGCGAGCACGUGUGAAGUCUCUUAUUGGUCCAGAAGUUAGCAGGACUUGGCAGAAGUCUAAAGGAGUUUAGUUGGUCGCGCUAAUCCGAAAAUAUCGAGAAGAGAGGCUGAGCAUGCUGAGAUAAAUUCCAGGCCUACAUGUGGGGUGGAUCACGUGCCUCCGCCACCGCCCCAAAGGUUCCGCUGAGCCGACGAUUGAAACCAAGAUUUAUCAUGAAUUACGAUGGUUCACGGGAAUCUAUAUAUUAUGCCACGGAUUGCAGUUAUCGAUCGUGGUGCGUGGAGUGAAGUGGGGGAUUGUUCAGGCAUCAACUUGAUACUCCAGCAUUUCUCGGGUUUCGGCCAAAAUAUCUAUCUAGAGAUAUUUCCUAUCAUCAUUGCGGAUAAGUGAUUUCAUUUUGCCUACUACAAAUUUAUUAUCUAAACCCCAAAUUUACCGUCUCUCACGAGCAUGGCUCUCCUGAAAGUUAUACCCCGAACGGGCAUUCGAACUGCUAUUCGAUCUUCUAUCCGAACUACAACUCGUGCUUCUUCCACCUCAUCUCAGCCCACCAAGGCCGAGGGGGACAUAUCGUCCGUUUUCCCGAGCUUGAGGUCGGAUUAUAAGCCAGAGCCCCUCCCAAGGCGGUUUGAAGACCUGAAAUUAAGCCUCUUCCAGCCGAAUGGAGCUGCGUUGACGAAGAGCUGGUUUAGAUUACUAGCCAGCCUGGAGCAUGAAGUGGAAGAGAUUCGGAAAGCUGGCAGCGACGUUAUACCAUCAAUCGAUUACUCAGAAGUUCUAUCAGGCGAGGUUGGCCCUGGUAAGCUGGACGAGAUUCGUCGGCGUGGAUGCGUAGUAGUCAGAGGAGUUUUGCCGAAAUCAACGGCCCUUGACCUAAAACAAGAGGCAAGGGAAUAUAUCUCUGCCAAUCGAAGUACGGUGAAAGCAUUUCCCCCUGACUCUCCCGCCGUUUAUGAGCUUUACUGGUCACCUUCACAAGUCACAGCUAGAGCGCAUCCCAAUGUCCUUCAAACCCAACGCUUUCUACAAGGAAUUUGGCAUUCCUCGGAUCCUCAGACCCAGCUCUCCAGAACCUACCCUCUUUCUUACGCUGAUCGAUUUCGCAUCCGAGACCCAGGCGAUGCCAAGUUUGCUCUAGGCCCACACGCCGAUGGAGGAUCUCUCGAAAGGUGGGAGGAUCCUGAAUACUCUAAGGUUUAUCGGAAGAUACUGGAUGGUUCGUGGGAGGAGUACGACCCCUUUGAUGCACGGCAUCGCAUUCACGCGAAAAUGAAUCUGUACAACGGAGCUGGUGCCUGUUCCAUGUUACGAUUUUUCCAAGGAUGGCUAUCAAUGUCCGACACGGGACCAGGAGAGGGGACGUUGCAUAUAUGCCCAAUGUUAAAACAUAGUACCGCCUACACGAUUCUCCGCCCAUUCUUUAAUGUCCAGACAUCGGAUCCUCUGCUAGAUGCUUCAUUCCCAGGCUCAGUUCCUGGAGCUUGUCAGGAGUACUCGGAUCACACUCACCCGCAUCUGGAACUUUCCACUACCAUGGUAUCCGUUCCUCCAGUUGAGCCGGGUGAUUAUGUUGCGUGGCACUGCGAUUCUCUUCAUUCCGUUGACAAGGAACAUCGAGGUAAAGGUGAUUCGAGCGUGUUGUACAUUCCUGCAACCCCGCUGUGCGAGAUGAACGCAAGGUACCUCGAGAAGCAGCGCCAAGCUGCUUUGGUAUAUUCUCCACCGUGGGACUUUCCGAACGCUGGGGGACCAGGUGAGUUUGGCUUUGCUGGGACGGUGGAUUGGACAAAGUUAAGCCAUGAUGGGUUACAGGCUAUGGGAAUGGGAGCUGCGCCAUGGCAGGUUCAGGAGGGCAUGUCUCAAGGUGAGAAGGAAGCUAUUGAGAUUGGGAACAAGAUUCUCUUUGCUGCAUAAUCGGCUCAAGUAAAUUUGCAUCGUGAUCUGUUUUUGCGCUUAUCCACUGUUGAAUAAUACUCGAAGUCAUUAUGUACUAGAUAAGGAAGAAAACGAAUUUAAAUAUAAUUGCGAAAUGUAAUUCAUCUUGAACACUUGUAACAAAAUUUUCGAUUCGUCGAGAAACCAUGCGAGAUUCUUGUUCUGAUGGAUAUAUAUUUUGCCUGACCAC